CUCGGAAUCCCACAAUGCUCCGGGCAUAAUGGCUGCCGUCGUAAUCAUGUGGCGUCUAUGAAUUUUAUAAUCAGGUGAGAAAGGUGAAAUCCUCGCCUUUUCUACGUCUUCUAAGUAUAUCACAUACAAUGGUCUGACAGGAACUUAACCAAGGAAAGUGGCCGGUAGCCGUGGCCUUUUUUCGUCUUGUAGUUUGAUUGAAAUCUGAGCAGGAAGUGAGUCGUACUUCGAGCCAAGAAAGAAAAGAAGAACGUGCGUUUGUCGACCCAGAGAAAGAGUUUGCAAGAUGUAUCCGUCCUGGAAUCAGCAGCCGUACGGCUCCCAGCAGGACAUGCAGUCCUUACAGCACCAGUCCCAGAUGAACGCCUACCAGCAGCAGCUCUACUGGCAACACUACUACGCCUUGCAGCAAAACCAGCAGAAUAAUCCUCCACCGGCGUCUUCUUCGUCUACUGUGCCCACGUCUAGUGCGGGGGGCCAGAACCCCCCUCUGCCGUCAGAGACGGGUGAAAAGCCCCCCUUGCCGAGCGAGCCACCGCCGCAAGACAACCCACCCUUGCCUGGUAAUGCUACACAGCCUGGUGCAGCCAACUCUGCGGAGGCUGCGAAAAUGAACCAGCUGGCAGAGCAGGCCCGUCAGUGGCAGGCCAUGAAACAGUGGCAGGAGUACCAGUAUAGCAUGAUGCAGCAGACCAUGCAGCAGCAGCAGGCCUGGAUCAUGCAGCAACAACAGAACAUGCAGCAGCAGCAUGCCAUGCAGCAGAUGACCCCUGACCAGAUGAACGCGGAGGUGGAGCGUCAGGCUGAACAGUUCCAGAAGCAGUAUGAGCAAUGGCAGAAACAGUUUGAGGACUGGAAGGAACAGCACAAGAACCAUCCCAAUCAGGAACAGUUCCUGCAGUACGAGCAGCAGUGGAAGCAGUGGCAGCAGCAGAUGGAGCAGAUGUGGGCAGCACAGAAGGAGCAGCUCCAGAGAGCCAAGAACAUGGCCCAACAACAACAACAACAACCUGUCAGCUCAGGUGCAGCCUUCAGCCAAGCACCCUAUAGCCAGGCUGCCACCAUGUCUGGGCCCAGCUUCAGCCAGUCUGGACCUCCCUAUAAUCAGACUGGAACCAUGUCUAACCAAGCUGGCUCCAUGUCUGGCCCUCCCCACAGCCAGACUGCAGGCAUGCAGAACACCCCUUACAGCCAGGCUGGACCCAUGCAAGGGUCGGGUACCAACCAGGGUUUCCCUCCCAGGGGGCCAAGAUUUGACGGGCCACGUGGGCCACGGUUUGGUGGCCCGAGAACCCCGGGGUUUGAUGGCUCCUCAACUGGCCCCCAGUUCAGAGGUAGAGGACCCAUGGAGCUGAACAGACCCAGGUUUGGGCCACGGGCGGGCCAGCAGCAGCCUGGGUUCAGAGGACCGUGGCCAUUGCUGGACGACUAUGGGUCAGCUGGGAGAGGAAGCAUGUUCGGCCAAAGACAAGAGCAGCAACCAGGGCCAGGAGGUGUGGAACAGAGUGGAGGACCCAUGGGCAGGGGGAGGGGCUUCAGACAGGACCUCGGCAGAGGGAUGGGUCAAGGCGGAGAUAGUCAGGGCCCAGGCCACCUCUCAGGGCCUGGCAGUAAAGAGGAUCUGGGAGCCUGUGACAAUAGUGAAAGCCAGGGAUUUGGCAGUAACCAGGAUAUAACACAAGGGGGAGAUAUGAGCCAAGAUUAUGGUAGUAAUCAAGGUACAGGCCGUGGCUUUAGUGGUCCAGGACAAGGACAAGGCAUGGGUCGAGGCUUUGGUGGCCCAGGGCAAGGGCCAGGUAUGGGCCGUGGUUUUGUUGGCCCAGGACAGGGGCCUGGAAGGGGACGGGGUUUUAGUGGCCAAGGACCAGGGAUGGGCCGUGGCUUUGGUGGGCAAGGACAAGGGCACGAUGCAAGCCAAGGCUUUGGUGGCCCUGGGCAGCGGCCAGGCAUGGGUAGAGGAUUCGGUGGCCCAAACCAAGGACCAGGACUGGGCCGUAGCUUUGGCAACAACCAGGGCAGAGGUCCUGGGAUGGGCCGGGGAUUCCAGCAGGAUAACCAAGGGAUGGGCGGAGGGUAUGGACAGGAGCAAGGGGAUUUCGGACUGGGGAGAGGCCGCGGUUUGUCAGAACAGAGCGAGGGUGGGCUGGAGGGAAAUGGGAAGAGACUCCCCUCCUUACUGGGAGACAGUCCAGGCACAGGCCAGGCGGCCAGCCAAGAAAUGGGAGAAGAAACUGAGAAGAGUCAAAUACCUGAACAACCUCUGGGCAUGGACGAGGACUUCAGACAAAAUCAGGGCAUGACGUUUGGACCCCGAGGACAGUCACCAAUGCAGAGGCCGAGGGGACCUGGGUUUGGCCAGGCUGAGGGCCAGAGAUUUGGCCCAAGAGGGCGAGGGUUUAACCAGAUGGAGGGUGGACCACGCUUUGGUCCUAGAGGAGGUUUUAACCAGACAGAAGGGCAAAGAUUUGGUCCAAGAGGCAGGGGUUUUGACCAGUUGGAGAGCCCAAGAUUCGGUCCAAGGGGAAGAGGGCUUGACCAGACUGGAGGGCCAAGAUUUGGUCCCAGAGGUAGAGGUUUUGACCAGUCUGAAAGCCCAAGAUUUGGUCCAAGAGGCCAGAAUGAGGGCCCAAGAUUUGGACCAAGAGGACGGGGCUUUGAUCAGACUGAAGAGAUGAGAUUUGGCCCAAGAGGAGGCCUCAACGAGAUGGGCAGACCAAGAUUUGACCCCAGGAACCAGGAAGGGUUUGGGCCCAGGGGCAUGGGAAUGGAAGGCCCCAGAGGAAUGGUUCCCAACCAAGGCCCCAGGCCUGUGGGCCCAGGCACCACUACCCAGGAUGAGGAGCCAAAACUAACUUCUGCUCAAGAUGGGCCUAAAGAUGUGGACCUGCGCGCAAACCGCAGCAAAGCAGAGGAAACAAAAUCUCAGCCAGACAAGGGCGAAGGUGACAAGAAGGGUCCUGACCCCAAAACUGAGCAGGGAAAGAAACCAGAAGUGGCAAAGAAGGACAGCAAGGCAUCAACUGGUCAGCCUUCUUCAAAACCUCCGGAUCCCUCUCCAGCAAAACCAGUCGACAAGAAGGCACCCGAAGCAGAGAAGCCUACUUCUCAGCCAAGUGUAGUUAAAACCUCUGCCCCUCAGCCCAGUGGUUCUCAAACAGCAGCUUCCAUGUCCACAUCAACUGUCUCAGGUGCAGUACAGACACCACCUGUGAAGGGUAGGGAUAAGGCCGCAUCAAAAAUGCCUGAAAAGGGAACAGGAAGCAAUGAGGAAGACAAAGCACAAUCUGGCAUGCCCAAGUUUUCUCAGCGUGAAGCUGACCUGUUGGUGAAAGCAGCCGAGGAUCUUAAGAUGAUUAGGGAGGCGCAGGAGCAGCUGAGAAGGCUGGAGGAAAUCUCCGCACUGCAGAAAGUCACCGCUGCCAUGUCCGAGCACCUGAGGCCUGGGGCAGGCAGGGGCAGGGGUCGAGGCCUCGAACCCAACAUGGGACGGGGAAAGGGUGAAGGGGCAGAGCCAAGUAUGGAGGCUAAAGACAGCAAGGGACCUGCACACCUUUCCAGAGAAGGGGGGGUAGGCAGGGGUAAAGAUGCAGCAAGAGGGGCAGAACCCAGCCUGGGCCAUGAAACAGAAGGCCAGGACCCUGGAGCAGAGCAGGACAUGGAGUUAGAGUCAGAGAGGGCCAGCCAUUCCAGCAGGGGAUCCAACCACGGCAGAGACUUGGGCGGGCCGGAGGGGGCCAGGAGGGGCCACAGUGGGCCAGACCAGGCCAGGUUUGGGUACGAGGAGAGGUACAAGAGCUACAGAGAGGAGGAAGCCGACUAUGGAGAACCACCAUACAGUGGCUAUCAGGAUGAAGACUAUUACCAGGAGGAGAGUAGAGACCUGUAUGGCAGGGACCGUUACCGAGGGCGUCAGCAGGCGUAUGAUGAAGACCAUGAAUACGACGAUCCCUACCAGGACCCGUACUACAGCAGAAAGGACGACUACAGGGAGGACUACCGGAGAGAAACUGCGUACUAUGAGGAUGACAGGCCAGGGGAGAGGUACAGAAGGGAAGAACCCCUCAGACGAGGGGAGGAGUAUGGAUGGACAGACGACUACAGGAGAGCAGAGGUCUACGGGCAUGGCAGUGACGAGUUUGCCAGGAGUCGUCUGGAACGAGACAGGGAGCCCAAACCUCCAGGGGUGGAGGACACUUACCUGUACGAGCGACACACCUACUCAGAUGAUCAGUACACGUUGGACAGAACCGGAGUUCGAGAAGACAGCCAAAGUCUGGGGUUAGCUGGCAGGGUGGUGGAGUCCAUCGAUUAUGGGCAUGGAGAAAAAGCUCCAGGAAAAGGCUACAGCCAUCUGCUGACCACGUCCCCUGCAGAGGCAGCGGGUAAGUCCUUCAGCCACCUCCUCUCAGCCUCCACAGCGCCCGUCUCCGAGGCCCCUGCCACCAGCCAGGUGGGGCUGUUCUCCAGGGCUGGCAUGGUGGAGGAGAUAGACUACGGGCACGGGCAGCAUGCACCCCUCGGCCGUGAGGUCGUCAGGGACACGUUUCUAUGGGAACGGGGCGUCCUGGGCGGUCAGGCUGAGGAGGACAGGUUGUCUGGUCGAGGGCUAGAGGGGGUGCCGCGGGAGAGAUCGCGGGAGAGAUCCAGGGAUAGGAUGGGGCAGGAAGACGCCAGGCACGGCCGGAGCAUUGAAGAUGUCAGGCUUCCCAGAGAUAGGGAGGUCUCACGAGAGAGGGAACGAGGCAGGAGCUGGGAGAGGGAGAGAAGCAGGGAUAGAGAGAGGGAGUUUGUGAGGGAGGGAGACUUACCCAGCCGCGCACGUGACAGGGACCUGCCCAGGGAUGACCGAGAUCGAGCCAGAGGAUUGGAUGACAGGUCACGUCGGAGGGAGGUGGAUGAGCUUGACCGGUACCGGGUGGGGAGGGACCGUGACCGUGACCCUGACAGGGAGAGGUUAUAUCCCGAGUCAUCAUCGCUGUACCGAGACUACAACCGCGACAGGGAGAGAGACAGGGACAGUUUACAUAGGUUCCCUCCUCCAUCCACGUCACGUUAUGAGAGAGACCGAGACCCCUACGCACGUGAGAGGGACUACUACUUUGACCGACCGCCCUAUGAUGACAGAGCAGCGUACAGUGGUGGCGGCCCCCCUCCCCCUGGGCCCUACGACGUGCGAGACCCGUACACGGCCCCUCCCCAGCAGCCAGCGGAGGAGCCCAAACCUGAGACUGUGUCAGCUGAGGACAUCCUGAAGGAGCCGGGCCGCAAGAACAGACCCAAACAGCUUGUUGCAAUCCUUCGAGGUCCUCCCGGGUGUGGCAAAACCCAUGUUGCAAGACUUAUCAAAGAGAAGGAGACAGAAGCCGGCGCCAGCGCACCACGUAUAUUUUCCUUAGACGACUACUUCAUGACGGAAGUUGAAAAGACAGAGAAAGACCCUGAGACGGGCAGAAGGGUCAAGACCAAGGUACUAGAGUAUGAGUAUGAGCCAGAGAUGGAGGAGACUUACCGAGCCAGCAUGCUCAAGGCCUUUAAGAAGAACUUGGACAACGGGUUCUUCCCCUUCAUGAUCGUGGACGCCGUCAACGACAAGGUCAAACACUUCCAGCCCUUCUGGAGCGCCGCCAAGAGCAAGGGGUUUGAGGUGUACAUAGUUGAGUUGACUGCUGAACCACAUGCCUGUGCCAGGAAGAACACACACAAAAGGACACUGAAAGACAUCACAAAGAUCCUGGACAGAUGGGAGUCGGCACCACGUCACAUGACCAGGAUGGAUGUGCGGAUGCUCCUACAGGAAGCGGCUAUUACAGAGGUGGAGAUGGAAGACUUUGAUGACAGCCAGGACUCAUCCCAGGGCACGGAGGGGAAGGGUCCAGAAGAGGAGGAAGAUGUGGAGGAGGGGCAGGGCUUCUACACCAAAAGUCGCUGGGAGAUGGACACUUCUGAGCAACAGCUAGACAAGCUGGACGGCAUCCGUCUCCAUAAGAAGUCAGCUGAGGACCGACGGCAGAGCAUGAGUGAGUUCCUGUCACUGGUGGAUGAGUACAACAGGAACGUACAACCUGGCAAGAAAAAGGUGCGCUGGGCGGACAUUGAGGAGCGGCGAGACCAGGAGAAGAAGCGAGCCAUGGGGUUUGUGGUAGGCCAGACCCAGGAGGACUGGGAGCGCAUGACGGGCGGAGAUUCCUACGCGGAACGGGCGCUCAAGAGAACUAAGUUUUUCUGACGCUGCAGCUGAAGAACAUGCAGAAUGUUUGCAGUUAUGCUAAGAAGAGGAGAGUGUUCCAAGUCAACUUUUACGACAGCAGCUUGGACAUGCAUCAAGUGAAGAUGUAGAUACUAUAAUUCAGCUAGAAGAAGUAUGCAACAAUUAUACAAAAUGUGAUAAAGGAUACAUACUUGCUAUGGACUAUUAUUGUCUAAUUAGCAGGGCAUGGUAGUGAAUAUACAUGUAUCAACGUCAGUACUGUUUGGUUAGAAAAUGUUUGUGUUAUGUUUCUUUAUGAAUACUUGUGCAUUUCUGAAGACAUUGGUGUAGUCAGUGGUAACAAGUGCAUUGUAGGGUUACUUUUAUUUUUGAAUGUAUGUGGAGGAGUCUUGCUGCCCAGAGUUGCAAAAUUAGAAAAUUUUUAGUUCCCAACUUCAAUUAACUUUUGCAUGAUUGUAGGGAAUACAUGCAAGCCACAGUUACACACUUAAGAAAUCUAGUACACAUUUUGUCAGGGGAAAUGUGAAACAAGAAUGUUAGUCAACAUUUUUGUAUUGCAUUUUUUCUUUUACAUCAUUCUGUAGAGUCACAAUGCACAUUAAAUACAUCAUUAAAAGAAAACGUAAUGAUCUUCCAUAUGAAAUAUGUACCUCAAAUAUGACAUUUACGCUUUUGUAACAUUACUAAGUUAAACGUAACUGUCUCGGAAUUUCAUUCAUCUCCUUAUAUGGCUAGGCUAGGGCCCUGUAAAACCCAAAACAAUUGUGGUGAUUUCACCCGGUAAGAACUUGUACAACAGAUGUGGGCAUACCUGUGUUUUAUUAAACAGUAAAAUGUGUA